AUGGCGACAAGUAUCACUCAACUGCAGUCACAGGGAUCGGGCCAAUUACCAUCACAAAUAGUGCCAAACCCAAAAGGAAAUGUCAGUGCUAUUACACUUCGAAGUGGGAAAUCCACUGGGGAAGCAGAGCUCAUACCAUUAGCACCAUUUACGAAUUUAGUAAGUUUGGAGCAAGAAACUGAACAAUCUGGGCACUUACCUUUUCUGCAGAGAUCUGUAGAAAUUGGGAAAAAGGAUGAUCGGAAGGCAGAGGAACUACGAGAGUUAGUGGAUACCUUCAGCAAAGUAGAAGUGAAUAUUCCAUUACUAAAAGUCAUUAAGCACAUUCCGAAGUAUGCAAAGUUUUUGAAAGACCUGUGUGUUCAUAAGAGAAAACUAAAGGGCAGCGAGCUAGUCAGCAUGGGUAAGAAUGUUUCAGCACUAAUUCAGACGAUGCCACAGAAAUGCAAGGAUCCAGGAAUCUUUACGAUACCUUGUGUUAUUGGAGAUAGUAACUUUGGAGAUGCAAUGUUGGAUCUAGGAGCCUCAGUUAAUGUUAUGCCAAAGUCUAUUUUUGAAGCACUUUGCAUUGGACCUUUACAGACAACUGGAAUAGUUAUUCAGUUGGCCAACCGUAGUUUAGUUCAUCCUGUUGGGGUGAUAGAAGAUGUCUUGGUGAAGGUAAAAGAUUUAAUUUUUCCAGCAGAUUUUUAUAUUUUGGAUAUGGAGGGGAAUGUCUCUCCGGGACAAGCACCAUUAAUUCUUGGAAGACCGUUUCUAAAAACUGCUAGGACUAAAAUUGAUGUACAUGCCGGGACACUUACCAUGGAGUUUGGCGAUACAAUCGUACAAUUCAAUAUUCUAGAUGCAAUGAAAUAUCCAUCAGAGGAUCAUUCACUCCUGAGCAUUGAUGUAUUUGAUGAGCUGGAUUUUGAGAUGCUAGGUGAUGCUGCAGCAGAAUUAACGAACAUUUUUAAAGAGACCAGCUGUGCAGUAGAUGAAAUAUCCUCCGAUCUAGAGGAUAAUGGCAAUGACUACAGUCUGGAAAAUGGAGCUACUGUAGAAUUCAUGGCAGAGUUGUAUUCAGAAAAGUCAGAUUCAGUAGUGGAACAGGAAUCAAAAUUGGAGUUGAAGCCCUUACCAGAUCAUCUCAAAUAUGCUUAUUUGGAAGCUGGGAAUCAGUUGCCAGUAAUCAUUUCGAAGAAUCUAGAUCCGAAUCAAGAAAGCAAGCUUUUGGAUCUAUUACGACAGCAUCGGAGAGCUAUUGGUUGGACGCUUGCAGAUAUACCAGGUAUUAGUCCGGUCAUAUGCAAACAUCGGAUAUUUCUGGAGGCUGAUGCUAAGCCAAUAAGAUAG